GCUAGAAAGACGCUGGGAACUAUUUUCCAGCCGUACGGGAGGGAUUGUGUAACCUUUAUAUACGUCCGUGCUGAAAUGCUGUGUAUUGGUAAGGUUAGGGUUAGCCGAGUAGUUGAUUUAGCUUAGCUUUUGUUUUAUCGUACAAAACUAAUGAACAUUUUUAAUGUAUUGGAAUAUGAACAAUAUUAAGCAUACACCGAUUUAGCUAUCUGAGUGAAUUAGCCAUCUAGCCAAAUAUAGCUCUAGACAAUUCAUAAUAAAGACAAGAUGGCGUCCCGGAAGCAGAAGAAGCUUUGGCGCUAUGUGGAAGAAGGGAGUUUGCUGAAGCUGAAGUCGUAUCUGCGGAAACACAGAGAUGUGGAGGUGAAUUUCACUCAGGGGAAGAGGAGAAGAAGUGUGCUGCAUCUGGUGUGCUCUCACGGAGACGACGCCCUGCUCAGGCUGCUGUUAAAGCACGGAGCUAAUCCGCUUCAGAAGGACCGGAACGGGGACACGCCGCUGCACCUGGCCGCCAGAAAAGCCCUGAAACACGGCAAAACAGACUACGAUGAUCUGGUAGUUCCUUUGUGUAAACACUGUCCUGCUGCACUGAGCAUAGAGAACAACGCUGGAGUCACUCCUCAUGAGCUGCUUCACGGACUGAGCUUUAAACAGAAUCGGAGCCCCAGAGCAGAUGCUCCUCGGCGGUCUGAUCCUGAGCAGGAGUGGAGGGAGAAGCUACUGGGGGAAUGCCAAGACGAGUUCUUCGAAACAUUUGGGCAGUAUGAUGACGAUUUCAUGCGAGAUUACGAAGAUGAGGGAGACUUUGCUGAUUGGGCUGAGCGAAUCAGGAGGGAGUAUACGUCCAAGCAGCAGGCCAGAACGAGGACAGACAGGACACAAAGACGAAAAAAGGAGGAGAAGAAUGCGGAGGAGGAGGAGAAGAAGCGUAGAGAGCUGCAUGCGCGGCUGGAGAAGGAGCACAGGGAAUACCUGGAGCGUGCCUCUCGUAAAAAAGACGAGACCCAGAAGGGGAAGAAGAGGCGCUAUGAGGAGCGCUGUGACGUCGUCUUCCUCAGCUCCUCCUCCUCCUCCUCCGCAGGCGCCCUGGGAUACGAUGACAUUCCCUGGCCUGCGCCACGCGGCUCUGUCGACGAGAUGAUGGCCGUCAUCCUGCACGGUGUGGACCGAGCGGACACGGACGCUUUCCGGAAGUUUCUGCGGCGCCAGCAGGCUCUCUGGCACCCAGAUAAGUUCGCCCAGCGCUGCGGUAGCCGGCUACAGGACAGAGACAGGCAAAGGAUUAUGGGUACGGUCACGGCUCUCUCACAGGAGCUGAACAGACUGGCUCAGAGUCUCCGGUGACACUACAGUCAACUGCUGGAGCGUCCGAGUUUUUGGAGCUCUGUGAUAAUGGGAUUGUUUUACAGGUUCAGUGUGGAAUUUGAAUCUGAUUGGCUGCUGGCAGUCUGAGGAAUAUUUAAUAAACUAAAUAUAAAUAACUUUUCAUUGCUUUAAAAUGUGUGGCGUUUCUUUUCUUCUUUUUUUUUGUCCUCUUAAACUCUCACGUGGUAAAUAUGAAGAAAUAAUACUUUUGUAUAGACAACUACAGAAUUAAUGGCACCCUUGCCAAAAAUGGCCGUAUGUUAAAGAUUGCACGCAGUUGUAACCAUCUAAAAAUCAUUAAUGAAGAGGCUUAUUAAUGAAGGGAUGGCAACAUUAAUCAUGAAAAAUGAUAAGAACUUGUAUUAAUACUUGAACAAGGUUAUACAUGUAAAUAAUGUACAUUAUGUGCAGGAAGAGGAAGAGUACGGAGGAGUAGGGUAGGUAUCGGAGGAGGAUUAUAGGAACAUUAAAUAUUAAUAAUGUCUGACAUGGACGUGCAGAAAGUUCCUCAGAAGCAGGGGCUCAAAUGUAACAAAGGGCUACAUCACCAAAGAGCUAAUUUGACUACUUUAUUACUUUUAUUUAACUACAUAAUCUUAUCACUGUACUGUAAUCAGACUGCGUAUGGUCACAAUAAAGAAUAUGAGAAUGACACAAAUAUUUAUAACCUAAUGGUAUUUUAUUUUUACUUUUCUAGAAAUAAUUACAGCAAAACGCCGACUUUUAUCGGAGAGAUGACUCCAAAGAAACUGUAAAAGAAAAUUUAAUCAUUAUGAGAUAAAAAUAUAUUAAUCAAAACUACAGUAUUACAAUCCACAAAUGUAGUGACACGUGUACUGUAUUAUAAACUCUUUAUUUGAAUAUUUUAAAACCAAAAAAGGCUUGAAAUAUAUCACUUCAUGUUUAAUGAAUAUAUAAUGUAUGGAAGUUUCUCUUUUUGAAUUAAAUUAUGGAAAAAAAGAUUACACGAUCACACCUCCAGGGUCGGGGGUUCGAUUCCCACCGUGGCCCUGUGUGCGCGGAGUUUGCAUGUUCUCCCCGUGCUGCGAGGGUUUCCUCCGGGUACUCCGGUUUCCUCCCCCAGUCCAAAGACAUGCAUGGUAGGUUGAUGGGCGUGUCCAAAGUCUCCGUAGUGUAUGAAUGGGUGUGUGAGUGUGUAUGUGAGUGUGCCCUGCGAUGGAUUGGCACCCUGUCCAGGGUGUACCCCGCCUUGUGCCCGAUGCUCCCUGGGAUAGGCUCCAGGUUUCCCCGUGACCCUGAAAAGGAUUAAGCGGUAUAGAACAUGGAUGGAUGGAAGAUUACACGAUAUUCAAAUUUUUUGAGAUGCACCUGUAUAUAGUAUAACUAUAUUCAGAAUGUUGAAAAGUGAGUUCAUUAUUAUUCCGUUCUGCGACUCUGCAGCUCAAGCUGAAUGGAGCAGACGCUUUCAGUUAA